AUGUUGUCGAACGAUGAAUAUCGAGACAUUAAAUGGAAACUCGACAAUAUUCCAUCGACUUAUACUGGUAAAUCGCGUCAAAAUUAUAGUAAAUCGCUUCGAAAAAAAUUAAAAGAACAUCACUAUGCUUCAACAUAUCAACCAUUUACACCAUUACCACAUACUCUUCAUUAUAUUAAUCGAACAACAUCUGAAGAAACAUUAAAUCAAAUUAAUCAAACUGUAACAACAUCGCUUUAUUUUACAUUAGAUACUGAAUCUAUACAAAUUCGUCAACGAAAAAACAAACCAGUAUUAAUUCAAAUACAAGCAUUAGUAUCACAUCAUUUUUCUGUUAUUUUUAUUUUCGAAAUGUGUCAUUUACCUCGAGAACAUACAACAACAUUUAAUUUAAUUAAAAAUCUCAUUACAACAAUUUUUAAUAGUAGUAAACCUAUUUAUAUUUGGGGCGAACGUGAUGAAUUAACCCCAUUCGUCAUUUAUAAUUUAUUUUCUGCAACACAACUUUCAUUAACUAAUUUUCAAAAUUUACAAGAUAAAUUUAAAGAACAAUGGCAACAACAACAUCCACAUAUAACCUCAACAAUAUCUUCAUCUGAUCUAACACCUGAAUGUGUAUGUGAAAAAUGUAUCGGAAAAAGUUCUCACGAAUUAUGGUCGUUACAGGACGCUGUUAGUUAUGAAUUAAAGGAAUGGCUUGAUAAACGAUCAACAAUGUCAUAUUUUAAUAUUGGAUUAGAUCCACAGUUAUCUCAACUGAAUCUUAAAGAACAACAAGAUCGACAAAAAUUAACAAAUUAUGCCGCAAAUGAUUGUUUAUCCAUGCAACGUUUACUUAUUAAAAUGCAAAUCAUAACAAUCGCACCUACAACAACAACAACAAAUAUACAUCCAUCAAAUAUUAAUCAUGAGAAUAUCGAACCAAUAUCAUCCGAUGAAUCUGAACCUGAACGUGAACCUGAAGAACAACAAUCACAGCGAACGGUAACAUUUAAUACACCAUUAUCUAUUUUAGAACCUAAAAAACACGAACAAUUAUCAAAUGAAGAAAGGAAAAAAAUACACAAUCGAACCUGUACGAUAAAGCAACGACAUCGCUAUUAUCGUCAUGAAUUGACUUUUCGAAAUAUAGAUCGUCGCUUUACCAUACGAAAAAUCAAGAAUAUACUUCGACAAUAUGAUAUUUCGUUUUAUGCCGUCAAUGUAUCAACAUCAACAACAACAAAUACAAAACAAUUAUACGUUGGCAUUCGGGAUCCAUCAUUAAUACAAGAAUAUGACCAACGAACACGCACGCUAUUCUCGACACAUCAUUACAAUAAAAUUAAUUUACGCCAACGUCGAUAUUACUCGUCUUCUCACUCAAACCGUCGUCAUUAA